GUGGCCACCACGCGGGCAGUCACCCGCGAUAGCGACACGGGUGAGUUUGUCGACCGCCCCGCCGGCUGGAUCUACAAGGGUUUCCGUGUGUUUGGACACGAGCUGUGGUAUGCCUCGCCUACCAUCCAGCUCCUCAUGGUCUCCAUCGUCUGCUUCCUCUGCCCCGGCAUGUUCAACGCCCUCAGCGGCCUGGGAGGAGGUGGCCAGGUCGACACAGACGCCCAGACCUAUGCCAACACGGCACUGUACGGAGUCUUUGCCGUCGUCGGUUUCUUCUCGGGCACCAUCGCCAACGUCAUUGGCCUGCGCCUCACACUCGCCAUGGGAGGUAUCGGAUAUGCUCUGUACGCCUCCUCUUUUCUCGCCUACUCGCACAUCCAGAGUCUGCCCUUUGUCGUCUUUGCCGGUGCUUUCCUCGGAAUCUCUGCCGGCCUUCUCUGGACCGCCCAGGGCGCCAUCAUGAUGGCUUACCCGACCGAGAACCUCAAGGGCCGCUACAUCUCGUGGUUUUGGAUCAUCUUCAACACGGGUGCCGUGAUUGGAUCCUUGAUCCCCCUCGCCCAAAACGUCAACAAGACCUCUGGCCCUGUCAGCGACGGCACCUACGCCGCCUUCAUCGUCCUCAUGGUUCUCGGCCUCGUCCUCGGUCUGUUCAUCGUCAACGCCGACAAGGUCAUUCGCGAGGACGGCACCAAGGUUAUUCUUAUGAAGAACGCCUCGUGGCGCACCGAGUUUUUCGGCCUCUGGGAGACGCUCUGGAACGACCCGUGGAUCACCCUCCUGUUCCCCAUGUUCUUCGCUUCCAACAUCUUCUAUACUUACCAGAACAAUGGUCUGAACGCCACUCACUUCAACAUCCGCUCACGCUCCCUCAACGGCCUCCUCUACUGGCUAGCUCAGAUAUUUGGCGCCAUCCUCAUGGGCUACGCACUCGACUUUACUCGUCUGCGUCGCAGCGUCCGCGCCAAGGUCUCCUUCGUCGUCCUCCUCAUCUUCACCAUGGCCAUCUGGGGUGGUGGGUAUGCCUGGGAGAGUAAGCAGGUUUCCCGUAAGGAGGCUAGCACUGCCGAGUACCAGAAUACCCAGCUCGUUGACUGGACCGACGGUGGUGAAAAGUUCAUCGGCCCCAUGUUCCUCUACUUUUUCUACGGGUUCUUUGAUGCCGUCUGGCAGACUAGCAUUUAUUGGUACAUGGGCUGUCUCUCCAACUCCGGACGCAAGGCUGCCAACCUCGCCGGUUUCUACAAGGGCAUCCAGAGUGCGGGAGCCUGCGCCUGGUGGGCCCUGGACAGCCAGAAGAUGGACUACACCGAGAUGUUUGGCAUCACCUGGGGUCUCCUCGGUUUGGGCCUCAUUGCCGCCUUCCCGAUUGUCUGGUUCCGCAUCAGGGACACGGUGGAAAUCGAGGAGGACCUCAAGUUUAGCGAUGAGACGGUUGCUGAUGUUGUCAUCGGAGCGGCUGAGCCUAAGGGUGAUGCCAAGGCCUAG